CGUGCAGCGGAUUUUGAGUGUCAAUCACAGGUGUCAAUUUGACGUUUCGAAAAUUUUGAUAAAUCAAUUUUGGAUUAUUCGAUUUUGAUUUUGAGUUUAUUUGUGAUUGUGUUACAAAGUGUUAACAUGUUAAAAAUUCUCACAUUGCCGUGUUUUUUAUUUAUUAUCAGAUCUAGUCUUGCUAGCAAUUUGGAGCACGAUGGUUGGGCCAAUAUUAAAUUAGAGCAUUGUCUAGUCCCUUCAGCAAGCCCUGUUUUUACCGAAAGGGGAAACAUCACUAUUCAAAGUUUGAGGUUAGGGCAAGCAAUCGUCAAACAGAACCCCUUGACUGAACAAGAAAAAAAUCAGUUAAGAGAUUUGGCUGCUAAAAAUCAGUUUUACCAAAUCAGGUCAACAGUGGUCGCAAGCGAUGGUGCAGAAAACACAUUUUUAUCCACCAUUAAAGCUUGUAUGCUGGCUGAGUCUGAACUGGAUGAUAAGCUGUCGGUGUCUUUAGAUUAUACGGGAAGGGUAAUUGGUGUCACUCUUCUUAUUGCAUCAAGUUCAACAUGUGAAGGGGCUUUUGUGCCUUUAAGUAAAUUGAAACAGUUUACCACUCAUGUUUAUGUAAGACACAGUGAUGUUGGACCUAUACCUAAUACACAAUCGUACAUUGAAAAACUUGAACGAGAAAAAGAGGCACGGGAAAGAGGCGAAGUCAAAGACAAUAGAUCAAUUUUAGCAAAAUACUGGAUGUAUAUCGUGCCUGUUGUUAUUUUGCUUAUGGUUUCAUCAAUGGCAAACCCUGAAGCUGCUGCAGGGAACGGGGGCGGAGCAGGCAGAUAAAAAAUUGUUACGUAAAUUUAUUUAUUUACUAAUAGAGAAAUAACAAAAUUACUCCA